ACGAGCGCAACGUGGAUCCUUUUCCAACGGGACGGCGAGAGUUUAUGAGCCUGUUGCGUUAUGACGGCUUGGGUGAUUGAAUGUGUCGUAGGCAGUUUAAUGGCUCUGGCUCCAGAUAAACAGAAAAAGUGAAGUCAAAGUGUCGCUGUGAGUGAAUGUAUCCUUGUUUUGACGCAUCCAGAGAGGCUGGACUUGCGCGCGUUUUGAAAGUCUUCCCGAAGCCUAUACGCACUUAAAACUGAGUCACAAGGAGACAGAAGACUUCUUACAGAAGAGGACAGUGACAAUGAGCGACAAAAACAAAAUGGAGGAUGAAGCUGUGGUGGACAGGGGAGCAUCUUACAUCAAAAACGUGUGUGAAGAGGAGGUUGAAGGUCAUCACACAGUCUACAUUGGAGUUCACGUGCCUAAGAGUUACCGUCGCCGGCGACAACACAGACGACGAACCAGUCACAAAGAGAAGCGAGAACGUGUGACGGAAAAUCUGAGCGACAAAUCAGAUGCUGAGAAUGCAGAUGACUCUGCCUCCAACAUCCUCAAACCACUCAUCACUCCGGCAGCAGAGCGGAUUCGCUUUAUGUUGGGGGAGGAUGACAGUGGCCCGCCUCCACCGCAGCUCUUCACUGAACUCGACGAACUUCUUUCCGUUGACGGUCAUGAGUUGGAGUGGAAGGAAACCGCCAGAUGGAUAAAGUUUGAAGAGAAGGUGGAAAAGGGUGGAGAGCGUUGGAGUAAACCUCAUGUGGCCACUCUGUCUCUCCACUCACUUUUCCAGCUGAAGAACUGCAUAGAAAAAGGAACCAUCAUGCUGGACAUGGAGGCGAACUCUCUUCCGCAGAUCGUUGAAAGAAUCACUGAUAAUCAGAUUGAGAAUGGGCAGCUAAAGCCAGAUCUGAAGGAAAUGGUCAUGUACACUUUGCUACGGAAACAUCGCCACCAGACCAAGAAGUCCAACCUGCGUUCCCUGGCUGACAUUGGCAAAAGUGUGUCUAGUGCGAGCCGUUUGUUCAGCAGCCAAGAGAACGCGCGCAGUCCUCUCGAUCACACUGUGCCUUGCUUUACCACCUUUGAUCCUGACGAGCAAAUUCAGAUGCAGAGAAGCAACAGCAUGGGACUUCUUUGUAGCCCAACCACAGCUCAUCGUAACAUGACCUCCAAUAGCCUCAAUGAUCUCUCAGACAAGCCUGAAAAAGAGCAGUUGAACAAUAAAUUCAUGAAGAAAAUUCCGCGGGAUGCGGAGGCGUCAAACGUGUUGGUUGGCGAGGUGGAUUUCCUGGAGGUGCCCUUCGUGGCGUUCGUACGUCUUCAGCAGGCGGUGAUGUUAGGAGGCCUCACCGAAGUUCCUGUUCCCACACGGUUCCUUUUUAUUCUGUUGGGACCCAAAGGAAAGGCCAAAUCAUAUCGCGAAAUAGGACGAGCCAUUGCAACGCUCAUGUCUGAUGAGGUGUUUCAUGAUAUCGCUUAUAAAGCUAAAGAUCGUGGUGACCUGCUGGCAGGCAUAGAUGAGUUCCUGGAUGAAGUCAUAGUUUUGCCUCCUGGAGAAUGGGACCCUGACAUCAGAAUCGAACCUCCAAAAUCUGUCCCGUCUGCUGAUAAACGUAAGAACAUUCUCACCAGCGGUGGAGAGGGUUUUCAUAUGAACGGUGGUACACCACAUGAUGGGGGUGGUGGGGGUGGUGGCGGUCACGCGGUUGGAGACGAACUCAAAAUGACCGGCAAGUUUUGUGGGGGUCUCGUUCUGGAUGUCAAGAGGAAACUCCCCUUUUUUGCAAGCGACUUUUACGACGCUCUGCACAUUCAGUCUCUUUCGGCCAUCUUGUUUAUUUACCUGGGUACCGUAACAAACGCCAUCACCUUCGGAGGGCUGCUGGGAGACGCUACUGAAAACAUGCAGGGUGUGUUGGAGAGUUUUGUCGGGACGGCGCUAUCGGGUGCUGUGUUCUGUCUGUUAUCGGGUCAACCUCUUACCAUCCUGAGCAGUACCGGGCCUAUGCUUGUCUUUGAGCGGCUGCUGUUUAACUUUAGCAAGGAUAAUGAUUUCGACUAUCUGGAGUUCCGGCUGUGGAUUGGCCUCUGGUCCGGGUUCUUGUGUCUGAUCCUAGUCGCGACGGAUGCCAGUUUUCUGGUGCAGUACUUCACACGGUUUACGGAAGAAGGGUUUUCUGCGCUCAUCAGCUUCAUCUUCAUCUAUGAUGCCUUUAAGAAAAUGCUCAAACUGGCUCACCAUCAUCCAAUCAAUAAAAAAUAUGAAAUGGACCUUGUUACCCUGUAUGGAUGCAACUGUAGUCCACCGGAUGGUAACAGUUCAACUCUAUACAUGGACAAAAUAGAGGCCAUGAUGAACAACAGUGUACAGCUCCAUUUAAAUUCGACCUGGACAUCAUUGACGCGCUCUGAAUGUUUGGAAUGGGGAGGUCAUCUGAUUGGUCCAGCCUGCGACUACGUCCCUGACAUCACACUGAUGUCAUUCAUUCUGUUUCUUGGCACAUACGCCUGCUCCAUGUGUUUGAAGAAGUUCAAAACCAGCAGAUUUUUCCCAACCAUGGUCCGCAAAAUGAUCAGUGAUUUCGCCAUUGUUCUAGCCAUUUUGAUCUUCUGUGGGGUGGACGCCCUGGUUGGUGUGGAUACACCAAAACUACUAGUGCCAAGUGAAUUCAAGCCGACGAAUCCAAACCGUGGUUGGUUUAUUCCACCAUUCGGAGGAAACCCCUGGUGGGUUUACCUGGCUGCCAGCUUACCUGCUCUCCUGGUCACCAUCCUCAUCUUCAUGGACCAGCAGAUCACGGCCGUCAUCGUCAACCGCAAGGAGCACAAGUUGAAGAAGGGAGCCGGGUACCACCUUGACCUGUUCUGGGUCUCGGUUCUCAUUGUCAUUUGCUCGUUCUUGGGGCUGCCCUGGUACGUGGCGGCAACUGUCAUCUCCAUUGCCCACUUAGACUCACUCAAGAUGGAAACCGAGACAUCAGCACCUGGAGACCAGCCGAAAUUCCUGGGAGUCAGGGAGCAGAGAGUCACAGGAAUAUUUGUCUUCAUUCUCACAGGGAUGUCGGUCUUCAUGGCCCCCGUUCUGAAGUUCAUUCCUAUGCCUGUGUUGUACGGCGUGUUCCUCUACAUGGGUGUGGCCUCUCUCAGUGGUGUGCAGUUUAUGGAUCGUUUGCAGCUGUUGCUGAUGCCAGCAAAACAUCAGCCAGAUCUGAUCUACCUGAGACACGUACCGCUCAGACGUGUUCACCUCUUCACCUUCAUACAGGUGCUCUGUCUAGCUCUGUUAUGGGUGCUGAAGUCGACAGUAGCAGCCAUCGUAUUUCCUGUGAUGAUUCUUGCAUUGGUGGCAGUGAGAAAAGCCAUGGAUUAUAUGUUCUCUCAACACGAUCUCAGUUACCUGGAUGACGUCAUGCCUGAGAAAGACAAGAAGAAAAAGGAGGAUGAGAAGAAGAAGAAGAAAAAGAAAGGAAGCAUAGACAGCGAAAUGAAUGACUCGGAUUUUCCAGCCAAUGAGAAUGUUCCCAGCAUAAAGAUCUCCAUGGAGACCAUGGAACUGGAGCCAAUGCUGAGGGAGAAACCCUCAGACAGAAAUAAGCCCAUGUCCUUCCUCACUCCCUACUGAUGGAGAGCACUUUUUUCCUUCCAAGACUGUGUCAAGUCAGGAUAUAAACCCCUUUAAGAAGAUGGUGCCUCAGAUUAGAAUCGAUCUGGCCCCAGAUCACAACAAAUUCUUCUGGAAAACACCAGCCUCAGAAACAUCCCUGUAAACACUCAAAAUGACCCAAUGACCUCCUGAAAACCCUUUGAAACUGCCACUUUCAGGCGCAGAGAAGGAUUGUUUAGACUCAAGUUAUUCAGCUAAACAGAUACUCAAAAACAACCAAAAACAUUUACAAAAUUUCGCUGGAAAACGAACGUGUUUUUUCCUUUAUAUAAAAAAAAAAAUGGCAUUUCAACACAAACCAAUUGUUGCAUAAGCACAAACGCUACCAAAGAGUUUUUAUUUUUAUUGCGUUUUUUUACUCCUCAAAAUAUCCUCUUGAUUUGUAGGUAGUAUUUCUAGUAUUUAGAAAAACGUAUUUUUGCUUUAGUUGUAGUUUUCGGUUUGUGGGUCCAGAAAAUGCGAAUCCAAUUUUUAGUUCCAAUAAAUGAUGGAUAAUCCUUCUAUAAUCGUAAUAUUUUUUAUAAAAAAGAAAACAUCAGAAUGAUAUCAUAAUCAGUCUUAAUUACAUAGAAUCCAAUUGUAUAAAGUGAUUUAAGUGGUCUGAGUUUGGCCAAAUUACUGCACUCCAUUCAAAUGAGCACAAAUAUCUCUGUUUUCUUUAAUACCUUUUUGUAUUUUUCAGAAAACUCAAAUCUACAGUGUUUAAGAAGCAUAUUUAAACCAAUGGUGGGCAUAACUUUUUAUCUCAAUAAGGGAAACUAUAGUUUUAAUAAAAAAAAGUUUUUUCUGUGCUUAAAAAGACACUUGAGUAAACACUCAAUAUGAAUAUUAUCCUAUAAGUUCUACCUCUAAUCGACUGUAGUUGCCAGGCGCUCUGUGAUUGAAUGAAGCACUUGCAGAAUGUUACGGAUACCGGCGCUGAUUUGAAAAUUGGUGCGAUGUUGAUUUUACGGGAAGAGUGGCCGCCCUGUAGGAUGCCUCUAUAACAUUCUGUCUCAGAAAAGCUCUUUUUCAAGAUCUGUGUCUUCGUUCAUACGUAAAUGACUAUCCAUAACAGGGUGGACACUUUCAAUGUGAUUUCCUUCAGUGUAAUUAAUAUGAAGCAGUUAUUGAUUAUGAUGAUUUUAUUGUACAUUUCUUAAAAAGAAGUAAUGAUGUAGAUAGAGAAGUCUUUUAUACUGAGAUGAAACUUUGAGAGGUGUUAUUCCUCAAUGUAAGGACUCAAUAAGAUAUUUAAUGUGGAACACGGCUGCAUCAAGUGACAGCAAUAAGAAUAAUAUGAACAUGAAUGCUGCCAUUAAGACAGAUCAUUUUUACUCAUAUUCAACACUGAAAGAUUCUUCAGUCAGCAAAUUUGGUGUACCGUAGUUUAUUUUGAAAUUAAAGCAUAUACAGUUGCAUAUACGUAUUGACGUAUUUGGUAAUUUUUGGACAAUCAUCAGUUUUGAAUGAUCCACAGUUGUUAAAACUUGAAUAUAGAAACACAAGUCAGUGUUUGUAAAUAGACAAUCAGUUUUAGCACAUCAUCAUCAUCAUCAUAAUCUCCGAUCAAUGAUGUCUUCCUUGAUUGUGAUUGUAUCAAAUUGCCUGUACGUUUUUGAGAAAUAUAUUUCAGCAAGACGGAUAUUUAGCACAAGGUGAAAUUUCUUUCAGAUGCACCACUCUUUAUGAUGUUUUUUAUUUUAUUAUGAACCUGUUGCGUUGUAUUUAUUGUCACUUUUCUCUUCUGGAUGCUACUCUGUCUGAUGCUACAGGUAAUAAUGAGAUUAACAGUUGAUCGUUGUUCUGUUAAAGGGAAUCACCCUGUAGCACUAUGAGGCCAUGGGCAAAUUAAAGCAAUUAUUAAAACUGAUUCUGAUGGUGUGA